GUGGGGGAAUAAAGGUAAAGGCGACGAGGAGGAAAACCAAGGCAUAGGGAGCUGCAAUUUGAAUCCAUUCCCUGCCAAUGAAACAAAUAGACUGUCCCUUUUGUUCCUAGCUCUCCUCUUAUAUUAGCAACUUUGAUCCAUGCAAUAACAUCUUCCAUCAUUCUUGUGAUCAUAGAGUUGAAAUGGCUCCGAGGAGCAGGAGGCACCAAGUGAGCUCGGUGCAGCCACUGGGACCUCUGAUGGAAGGCCUUGAUCCUGAAGCACAUGGAGAGAGAUCCAAGGAGAGAUACUGGGAAAUGUUCAGGGCAUGGCUUAGGGUGCAAGUGGAUAAAGGCAUGUCAGGUAGCCAUUUUUCGAUCCCGUCUAAGAAGACGGAUCUGAGGCUGGUUAUGGGCGUUUUAGGAUGUCCAUUAACACCGAUCCCUCUGCUCCCUGCAGAUCAACCAAGUCGCCACUUCUCCAUAAAGGAUACUCCAAUUGAGACUUCCUCAGCUCGGUAUAUUGUUCAGCAGUACUUGGCGGCGACUGGAUGUUUGAAACAGAGCAAGCGAAUGAAGAGCAUGUACGUGGCUGGUCGUGUGAAGGUGGCCUGCCAUGAAACGGACUGCGGAUCGGGGAGGAUCGGUGCGAGAGCAAGGGGGGAGCAGGGGUGCUUUGUCCUGUGGCAGAAGUCGCCGGGAAUGUGGUCGGUGGAGCUCGCGGUGGGCGACCACAAGGCGGUCGCCGGCAGCAACGGAGAGGUGGUGUGGAGGAACUUGGCUUGGCUGGGGACGAACGCGGCCAGAGGCCCCCGAAGGCCACUGCGACGCAUUGUUCAGGGUUUGGACCCGAACGCCGCGGCGAGCAUGUUCAGCAGCGCGCAAUGCCUGGGAGAGAAGCGCGUGGGGGAGGAGAACUGCUUCGUGCUCAAGGUCUCAGCCGACCGAGCGGCCGUCGCGGAGAGAAGCGAGGGGCCAUGCGAAGUCAUCAGGCACGUCCUCUACGGCUACUUCAGCCAGAGGAGCGGCCUGCUCAUCUACAUCGAGGACUCGCAGCUGAGCAGAGUGCAGGCGCCGGGCAGUGACGCCACCUACUGGGAGACCACCAUCGGCAGCCUGAUGGAGGAGUACAAGCAAGUGGACGGGGUGGCGGUGGCUCACCGGGGCAGGUCGAUCGCGUCGGUGAUCAGAUUUGGGGAUGGACCGUCGGACAAGGCAAGAAUAAGGAUGGAGGAAGAGUGGAGGAUCGAGGACGUGGUGUUCGAUGUUCCGGGGUUGUCGGACGAGUACUUCAUCCCUCCCAAGGAGAUCAUGGCCAUGGCCGGCGGCUCGGGGAGCAAAUGAUGGAGAUUGGAUCUUGUAAAUUAAAUUGUAUGUGAAAAAUAUUUUCAUUGGAUUAUGCGCCGGAAUGCAUAUAUUUUAGCAUUGUAAUUUUAAUUUUGGGAAAUUAUU